AUGAUUGCUUUCAAAUGUUUCAGUGAAGAUGAUGGUGGUGUUGGUGAUGAUGGUGAUGGUUAUGAUGGUGGUCGGAGGGGAGUUGUGAUGUUGGUAAUGGUGAAGAUGAUGGUGAUGAUGAUGGUUAUGAUGGUGGUUGGAGGGGAGUUGUGAUGGUGGUGAUGAUGAUGAUGGUUAUGAUGGUGAUCGGAGGGGAGUUGUGAUGUUGGUGAUGGUGAAGAUGAUGAUGGUGGUGUUGGUGAUGAUGAUGAUGGUGAUGGUUAUGAUGGUGGUCUGAGGGGAGUUGUGAUGUUGGUAAUGGUGAAGAUGAUGAUGAUGGUGAUGAUGAUGGUGAUGGUUAUGAUGGUGGUUGGAGGGGAGUUGUGAUGUUGGUGAUGGUGGUGGUGAUGGUGGUGAUGAUGAUGAUGAUGAUGGUUAUGAUGGUGAUCGAAGGGGAGUUGUGAUGUUGGUGAAGAUGAUGAUGGUGGUGUUGGUGAUGAUGAUGAUGGUGAUGGUUAUGAUGGUGGUCGGAGGGGAGUUGUGAUGUUGGUAAUUGUGAAGAUGAUGAUGGUGGUGAUGGUUACGAUGGUGGUCGGAGGGGAGUUUUGAUGUUGGUAAUGGUGAAGAUGAUGAUGAUGAUGAUGGUGAUGGUUAUGAUGGUGGUUGGAGGGGAGUUGUGAUGUUGGUGAUGGUGGUGGUGAUGGUGGUGAUGAUGAUGAUGAUGAUGGUUAUGAUGGUGAUCGAAGGGGAGUUGUGAUGUUGGUGAAGAUGAUGAUGGUGGUGUUGGUGAUGAUGAUGAUGGUGAUGGUUAUGAUGGUGGUCGGAGGGGAGUUGUGAUGUUGGUAAUUGUGAAGAUGAUGAUGGUGGUGAUGGUUACGAUGGUGGUCGGAGGGGAGUUUUGAUGUUGGUAAUGGUGAAGAUGAUGAUGAUGAUGAUGGUGAUGGUUAUGAUGGUGGUUGGAGGGGAGUUGUGAUGUUGGUGAUGGUGGUGGUGAUGGUGGUGAUGAUGAUGAUGAUGAUGGUUAUGAUGGUGAUCGAAGGGGAGUUGUGAUGUUGGUGAAGAUGAUGAUGGUGGUGUUGGUGAUGAUGAUGAUGGUGAUGGUUAUGAUGGUGGUCGGAGGGGAGUUGUGAUGUUG